AAUUAAAAUUUCCUUUCUCAAUCAGAAUCAGAUCAAAGCUCCGCAGUCUGCUGAUAGUGGAUCCAACAGAAAAAGUGAAGAAGAAGCAAUGGCUGCUAAACAGAUGGAGGAGAUACAGAGGAAGUUGGCGAUGCUUAAUUACCCGAGAGCCAAUGCUCCUGCACAGUCUCUCCUCUUCGCUGGCAUGGAACGAUACACCCUUCUUGAAUGGCUCUUUUUCCGGUUAUUGGGGGAUAAGUCACCGUUCUCGCAGCAAAAUCUGCAACCAGAUGCCAUGGAUCGUGAUGAAGAGACUGGCCGCAUCCAAUAUUUGGCAGAGAUUGCAAAGUUUCUGGGUAUUACGACUACAAUAGAUACAGAAGCUAUCCAGGGGCGUGGAAGCUAUGAAGAUAGAACUGAAAUGCUCCGUCUUAUUGUAGAUCUUGUGGAGGCAAGCAUUUACGCAGAUAAUCCAGAGUGGAGCAUUGAUGAACAAGUAGCAAAGGACAUACAACUAAUUGAUGCUAUUGCAGAGAAACAAGCUAUAAUUUUCUCCGAGGAUUGCAAGUUGUUUCCUGCUGAUGUGCAGAUUCAAUCCAUUUAUCCAUUACCUGAUGUUUCUGAGCUGGAAAGUAAGCUUUCAGAGCAGUCCAAGAUACUCUUGAAUCUUCAACAGAAAGUUGAUGACUUGGCAUCAAAGCAUCCUUACAAUCCGGAUGAGGAGUAUGCCGAAGUGGAAUCUAAACUACAGGCGCAUUUGGAGUCUUUUCUACAGACUGCAAGAUCAUUCAAUACAAUUUACAUGAAGGAAAUCCGACCUUGGACCCACAUGAUGGAAGUACCACAACUUCAUGGGUUUGGUCCAGCUGCUAAUCGCUUGUUGGAGGCAUAUAAGAUGCUUUUAAAGUUUCUGGGCAACUUAAGGAAUGUGAGAGACUCCCAUGCAGCUCUUGCCAUUGGAUCUUCUGAAACAAUUGCUGGCGAGCCCUCUCCAGUGACUAGAAUUAUUUCUGAAUGUGAGUCUGCAUUGACAAUCUUAAAUCGUGAUCUUGGGAUACUCUCAGCUUCAAUUGCUCGUGAGCAGGGUGAGCAGGGUAACUUAUGAUGUCUGUACAACAUAUCAGCUUCCCUUGGCUAGUGCCAGAAUGCUACUUAACAUAUUCUAGAUCUAUAGCAUUAGGUGUGAAAAUGCUAAAACAAGAAUCAAUUUCAAACGAAUAGGAUAUUGAUACCUCGACUGCCACAUGAAUUAAUUAUCUGUAUCACUCAUUGCAUUGACAUUCUUGAAUCAUGAUGUUGUAGUUUCUCUCGGCUUGCAGUACUUCUGAACAAGGUAAAUCAGGUAAGCUUACGAUGAUUGUAACGAAGUGGCAAACCUGUGAUAGAGGUUCUAUCUCUUGCUUUAGAACAUACAAAAUCAAUUGUUAAUGUUAUA